AUGGAUCAUCCUCCGAACCCAACCCGACCCAUUUCUGAAAUGGAGCCCAAGGCCCGAGAGCCCGAUCAAGACAAUGAAAUCGUGUGCAAAUAUUGCGACCGGAAAUUCUCGAGCACAGAAGCGCUGAGCUGGCACGAGGACGCGCACAAGGUCCAGCGUGCGGUCAAGAAAACUGAGCGAGAAUUGGGCCAUAUUUCGCGUUUUGGGCCUUUUGGAGACAGCUUUAGGCCCAACCCAGUAGCCCACCCUGGCCCAUAUGGUAGAUCUCAUGAUUUUCGGAGCCCAAAUGUCCGGUUUUCGGAUGGGGCUGGGAGUUUGGGCUCUUCGAGGCCCGGGAUGGAUAAUCUGGUGAAUAAUCCGGAGCCCGAAGAUUAUUCGGGCCGGGAUUAG